GUUGUGAACUUCCACGCGACCACGACGGACGUUUCGAGGGUUUUUCUUUAUCAAAACUAAAUAUUUUCAAUUCUACACCGUUUAAAUAAUGUCUUAUAGAUACUACAGUAAAUCGGCUUCCGAUCGCGAUCGCAUCAACAGGUCAGCAACAACGAAAAAUACGAAAAUUGUAAAGAGAGUGACUCCAAAGAAAGUGGUGCCUUCGAAGAAUCUCGGCCACUGUCCGACAGGAAAGAGCUGCUCUGAUGGAAUAAUAUUAGAAGACUGGCACCAUCGACCAAGGAAAGUCACGCAAUCUGAUGUAAGCUUCUACGAUAAAGGUACUAAAAAGAUUGUUGACUAUUGCGGAAAAUGUGGCGACCAGGUUCUCAGCAAUGUGCAAAGCUCCAAUUCAGAUAAAUCGCAAAGUAUUAAGUCCAAAAACGUGAGAAAGUUUUCAACUAAUGCUAAUGAGGUAAAAAGAACCGAAGGCCCUGCAGGAGGCUCAAAAUUCAAACUCAAUGGCAAUAACAGUAGAAGCAAUAGCGUGAAACAGUACUAUAAAAAUGAGAAUUUUAAAUCCACAAUUUCUUUACAAGAUACGGAAGCUGAAUUAAAGAAAAUGUCCUUAGAUACUAUAAAAGAAGUCCCAGAAGUACACGCAGCCAGUGGAAGUGGUGUCAAUAUCUAUAAUGUUCUAUCUGAUAGUGAAGCUGAAGAAAUCGGUUUUUUAAACACAAAUGACAAUGAGAAUAUUGAAGAAUUAAAAAAGUUCAGAGAAGAUAAUUACUUUGAAUGCCACUCUGUUAAGUCGAGGAUUGAUAAUAAAGGAAGUGUCACAAGUCUUGGUGAUCAUAAAUGCGUGUAUCGAUUUUAUUUGAACGAUCGCUUGUUUCCUGUUCCUAUUAGUACAGAUCAUCACGACAAUAUUAGAUGUGUUGAAUGUCAUUUGCCUAUAAAUUUAAAGAUGGAUGAUAGAGAAUCUAAUAAAGCAAAUGGCACUAUACAGGCUAAAGUAAAGCUUAACGAUGAUGAUGCUCAAGAUAUGGUUCUAUUUAUGCCCGUCAAAGAUUCUUUAUUUAUAAAAGAAAGAAGGAAACAAAUGAAAACAGAACAAGAGGUUAUGUACUUUGGCGUGAUAAAAUUAAGUGCUUAUGGGAAUUCGGUAUUCAAUUCCACGCUGCCGAGUGAUUCUUUGGCCUUGAAAUAUCAGCGAGGUUAUCAGGAGUAUGGGAAUAGUCAAGAUUAUAAAUACACUGGUGUGGAAAAGGAUAAUAUUGUUGUUAUUUAGUAUUGAUGUAUUAAUUUUAGUUUUAUAAUGAAUAUCUAUGAUAACUAUAGUUAUAUUGAGUUUAUUAUUUCUUGAUGGAUAUUUUAGUAUAUAAAUAAUGUAGACACAAGUAAUUGAAAUAUAUUUUUAUACUUUAUUUAA